CUAAAGGACCCUGAGAUGGAAAUGCCAGGAAAGCCAGCUGCAGACCUUGGGCAGACCCUGGAGCGGCUGAGGGAGGAGCUGGCCGAGAUGCAGAUCCAGGACCAACAGCUGUUGCUCGAACUGAGGCAUCUGCACAUCCUCCUGGAGGAGCUUCGAGCUGAAAGCACCCACUGGGAGGACACGAGGCCCAGCAGAAGCACAUCACCUUUCCGAGCGAGGCUGGGAUCAGAGGGCAGGGCCUGCCAGCCUGUGCCAAGGCAACUGACCCAGCUGCUCCGAGGAGAAAAGAACAGGCGAAGCUCCCUUCCUUAACAAGCCAGGGAAUGCUCAUCAAACCCUCCUACCAUUAAUAUAAAUUGUGUGUCGGCUGUGUGUCCUUGAAUCUGUCACUUC